UUCAUGUAAUUAUUAGCGUAGGAGUUCUUUUUUUUUGUUAUAUAAGAGAGUGGGAGCUGGUUGGAGCUUCACCAUUAUUGUAGAGAUCUAAACUCAACAAAGCCACACACAUGGGAAGGGCUCCUUGUUGCGACAAAGCAAAUGUGAAAAAGGGGCCAUGGUCACCCCAAGAGGAUACUCAGCUCAAACACUUCAUACAAACCUAUGGGACUGGUGGCAAUUGGAUUUCCCUUCCUCACAAAGCUGGUCUUAAACGGUGCGGGAAGAGUUGCAGAUUGAGAUGGCUGAAUUACUUGAGGCCAAACAUUAAGCAUGGUGAAUUUUCAGCUGAGGAAGAUAGAAUCAUUUGCACUCUCUUCGCCACCAUUGGAAGCCGGUAA